AUGGGAUCGGAGGCAUGCAUCUACGAGCACGAUGGUGCCACAAUAAUGCCGGCGCUCAUAUCUCAAUUGCCGUACACCUUGACUGUUUUACGGCGAGUUCAACACAGCAUCGCUUAUCCGUUCGAGACAGCAAAAAUCUUAGCGACUUUCCCUCCCGGCUCUACCCCUGAUCCCGGGCAACCGUGGCUGGCUGCGUGGGUGGAUCUCUUUAGAGGCCGCGAGACCCAGAUGUUCAUUUAUUCCAGCCUCGAAGCGGAGCACACGUCAAUUCCGCCGAUCAACCCUGUCAGCGAUAAUCCAGCCAAUGGCGCGAUAUUAAAGGUGGACAAGAGUUCGGUUACGGAGCCCAAUAAUAGCAGCAGCGAUGAUAAAAAUCCCAAUCUCACGCAGUCCAUUGUUUCAUCCUUUGUCGCCAGCCAGCCGGUCCUUGACCUGGCCCGUUCGCAACUAUUGGCCUUGCUGUCACAUGUCAAAAUCCACCUGCUGCCGUCGUACCUGUCAUCGCUGGAAAAGUCCGAGCAAGGCACAUCUUCUGCUGAAGCUCAAAUCUCAUCAGCUCCGAACCCUGUCCACAGUGGCGUUCCCUUGAUUCCUGCGCCCGAUCCACGGGCUUUUCUCAUCGGCAGUCUUCAUACAGGUCUCUAUAGGCUUCUGCAGCGAUCAGGCACCUAUACGAGUUCGGAUUCGAUACCCAAUAUCCGGGUUCAUCGCUUCGACAAUCCACCUUAUUACAAGUACUUUUUCCAAAAAUCCGAUAUCAGCAUCGCGGAAGAGCCUAAAAUCGCUGCUGGUCAUGAAUCUGCCGAUCUGUCUCUUCCGGUCGGAUAUAGAUUCCACGACCGUGAGGGCAGGGAGGGUGUUCUAAGUAAACAUUUGGAUCUUGUGCAGAGUCGCACACAUAUUCCCAGAUCUAAGAGGCAGCUUGCUAGUAUGCCGGGUGUGGCAGUUUAUCAGUCCACCGAUGCCGAUGUUGAUGUUGAUACUGAUGCUGAUGCUGAUGAACAACCUAUUGCUUGGGGAUUCUUGGGUAUGGAUGGCGCGCUGGCAACACUGCAUGUUGAGCCGGAACACCGGGGACAUGGGCUCGCAGUUCCAUUGUCUAAGGCAAUUAUGCGGCGUGGGAUGGCAGAAGAUGGCGUAUUCGGGUCGAGGAGUAUCAAACUCGAAGAUAGUCAAGCUCUAGAGCAUGUGGGGGCAUGGGCACAUACUGAUGUGUCUGGGACCAACAAAGCUAGUCGAAGGGUGAUGGAAAAGAUUGGAGGUCAGGUCUUGACUACUGUUGGCUGGGUGGUCAUUGAAGUGUGCAAUUGA